UUCCUCCACGCAAUCAUAGCGUCCCCCUUCCCUCCACUAUCCCCCCAAAAUUAGCCCUACACUCUCUCAAAAAUAACUCACUCCCUUCCCCUUCUCUCUCUCAUUUUCAGAAACUAGAUCUACAACUCCCUCUUUUUCUUUGCAUCUUUCUUUCCUUCUUCGUCUUUCAACAAUGGCGGUUGCACCUUCUCGAGAGGAGAGCAUCUACCUGGCCAAGCUCGCUGAGCAGGCCGAGCGCUAUGAGGAGAUGGUUGAGUUCAUGGAGAAGGUUUCCGCCUCCGUCGACAACGAGGAGCUUACUGUCGAGGAGCGGAACCUCCUCUCUGUUGCUUACAAGAAUGUCAUAGGAGCUCGACGCGCCUCCUGGCGUAUUAUUUCCUCCAUCGAGCAGAAGGAGGAGAGCCGCGGCAAUGAAGACCACGUUUCCAUGAUACGGGACUAUAGGACCAAAAUUGAGUCUGAGCUCUCCUCGAUCUGCGACGGGAUCUUGAAAUUGCUCGACACGAGGUUGAUUCCUUCUGCUUCUCCCGGGGAUUCCAAGGUGUUUUACUUGAAGAUGAAGGGAGAUUACCAUAGGUAUCUCGCCGAGUUCAAGACUGGAGCUGACAGGAAAGAGGCUGCUGAAAGUACCCUCACUGCUUACAAAUCUGCUCAGGAUAUUGCAACUACGGAACUGGCUCCAACUCACCCAAUACGUUUAGGGCUGGCUUUGAACUUUUCGGUGUUUUACUAUGAAAUUCUUAAUUCUCCUGAUCGUGCAUGCAAUCUUGCUAAACAGGCUUUUGAUGAGGCAAUUGCCGAGUUAGAUACCCUGGGUGAGGAGUCAUACAAGGAUAGCACUUUAAUCAUGCAACUUCUCCGUGACAAUCUCACUUUGUGGACCUCGGACAUGCAGGAUGAGGGGGCUGAUGAGAUUAAAGAAGCUCCUAAACCCUCUGAAGAACAGAAAUGAGAAUGCUUCACUGCACAAUUUUAGGAUUGAACUUCUCCGCUGUUCGUUUUUUAUUAGGAUAAAAUGAUUGUUGCUAAUUUGCUUGCUAGAGUGAGAUCUUAGGUAUUCUUAUGUGGGUUGUGUAGUGUGGGCACGCCAAGCUUCCUUUUUACCCCUAUUUUUCUUUGGCUGUUUUUUAGUUUAUUCUGUGUUUUUGUGCUCCUUAUUUUUCUCGAUGCCACUGCUAAGCCUUAUAUGUAUUUUUGACUUUCAAGUCCUGCUUAGGGUAAAGAUUGAUUGAAUGCCUAGAUUCCCCAGGGAAAAAGUAAUCGGUACACCUACAUAAGCCUUGUAUUGCACUAUCAUCAUUAUUUUCUGUUGAUCCAUGUGUUUUCUUUCAAA